AUGAAGCAUGGGGGUAAGUCCCCUCAGCAGGCCGUCGACGCUCUUCUCGCUGAGCUGGUCACCUCCGUGGCAGCUUUUGAGGCUGCUGCCAUCACUUUAGAGGAGGCGGUAGGUGAAGAGAGACGGGGGAUGAUGAAGACCUACUGCGACGCCUGCCGUUGCAUGGUCACGGGAUCCAUACAGUUCUCACUCGAAUCAUCCCGCUACAAGCUGGAGGGCUGCCUGAACGAAGACGGCUCCCUGGAUAUCUUGUUAUAA